CGUGCGGGCUGCAUGUUGCCCCUGCAGCUAGACGGAACCAACAUCCAGCAUCUUAUCUCGACUCCUAUGAGCGGCCGACCCGUACGAGGCUCCCAGGCUGAGGCUGCACCGGACAGCUGCACCCGAGUCGCGAGCCAGGGGUUGCGCCACAAGCAAUCUCUCGAAUUGUUGCACGGCAGGCGGCCUUGGUGGAUGGCGGUCCCCGCAUACAUGAUCCUCGAUCGAUACAAGAUGAGCACGCGACUGAAUAUAAAGGACUGGCGGCCCGCCAAGGCACAGCUGUGUGACCUCUUCUGUCCUCAAGCUCGCUCUGCGUCACCUCCAGAGUAGCCGACCUAAACCAGUACGCUCGCUUGUUACUGUUUUGAUAUUCAUUCUUUAUCAAUCAUGAAGACCUCGACUUCUGCCCUCGGCAUGGCGGCCAGCCUGCUCGUCUCUACGAGCCGUGCCGCCGUCUGCAAGCCUCUCGUCAAGGACGCUCUGGUCGGAUCGAUCCACCUUGAGGAUCUCAUGGCCUGUUCUCAGGAUCUUCAGGAUAUUGCCUACUCGACCGAGCUUCGUAACCGUGUCGUCGGCACUGACGGCCACAAGAAGACUGUCCAGUACAUCACCGAGACCCUCCAGUCUCUUGGUGACUACUACACUCUCGAGUACCAGGAAGUCCGCACCCCGGCCACCAUCUCGUCGACUAGCAACUUGUCGGUCAACGGCGCCGAGGUUGAGGCCAACAUCCUCGAGUUCUCCAACAACGGCACAUGGACCGAUGUCCCUGUCGUCGUCGUUGCAGAGCUCGGCUGUGUUGCCGAGAACUACCCCGACCUCACCGGCAGCGUUGCCUUGAUUGCCCGUGGCGAAUGCACAUUCGCCCUCAAGGGCGAGCUCGCUGGCCAGGCUGGUGCUGUUGCUGCCCUCGUUUACAACAACGCCGCGGUGGGCAAGACUGGUGGCACACUUGGUGGGCCUAACGAGCUCAUCACUGUUGGCGGUAUCUCUCGCGCAGAUGGCCUUCGCCUUGCCGAGGCUAUCAGCAAUGGCGAGGCGGUCGUUAGCUCAGGCAGUUUCGGUUCCUUCGUCACCGACACGGUUAGCCAGAACGUCAUUGCCACGUCCAAGUACGGUGACCCCGACAACGUCCUGUUCCUUGGCGCCCACAGCGACUCUGUCGCCGCGGGUCCGGGCAUCAACGAUAACGGCUCUGGCUCUUGCGGCCUUCUGACCGUUGCCAAGGCUCUUUCGAACUGGCGCACCAACAACCAGGUCAAGUUCGCCUGGUGGGCCGCCGAGGAGGAGGGCCUCAUUGGUGCUGAGACCUUUGUGAACGUGACUGCCAAGGAGCAGCUCGACAAGAUCCGCCUUUACCUCAACUUUGACAUGAUUGCCUCGCCCAACUAUGUCCUGUCGAUCUACGACGGCGACGGAAGCGCUUUCAAUGUUUCUGGUCCUGCUGGCUCUGCUGAGGCCGAGAAGCUCUUCGAGGAUUACUACACUGCCAACAACAUCCCUUUCACCUCGUCCGAGUUCGACGGCCGCAGUGACUACGGCCCGUUCCUCGACGCCGGCAUUCCCUGCGGUGGUCUCGACACUGGUGCUGACGGUGUCAAGACCGAGGAGGAGGUUGCCAUCUUCGGUGGUGUCGCCAACCAGUGGUACGACCCCAACUACCACUCGGCCAAGGACACCGUUGACAACCUUGCCCCUGAGGCCUACAUCACCACUGGUAAAGCCAUUGCGCAUGCAGUCGCUUCGUACGGCCGCAGCUGGGCCGGCUUCCCUGAGCGUGAGCCGGUUGCUGUCACUCCUCGCGAUGUGCACGCCACUGUUGGUCACCACGGCCACAGCCUGCCUUUCUAAGCAGGCUCCUAGCUUAGAUUAGGCGGCUCAGCAGUCCUACUGGGAAAGGAACUGCGGCUACCAUACCGUAAUGACUAAUAUCAUAAUGAUACUUAUCCGUAAC